AUGUCUACAAGAUUAGGGGUCGAUUCUUAUGCUAACGAUACGGUGCAAGGCAAUGUCAAACAGGAGAAGCAAGUACAUGGUAUCUCGGUGUCCAGCAAAGAGGUGGAUACUGGCGCCCAACUUGUUGCAGGGCUGUCCACGAACAUAGAUCACUCUGAAUCUCUCCGGAUAAGGAGAAAAAUCGACCUCAAUAUUCUCCCUAUGAUGUGCAUAUUAUAUUGGUUAGCAUUAUGAUAGAUGGUGCAGGAUUUCUUUCAAAAUAUGAACAGGAUCCAAUACAUGGACAAAACAACGCUCGGCAGUGCAGCCAUUCUUGGAAUCGAGUAAGCUACUCACCUGUCCACAAACCAGUACAAUUGGCUCGGAACUAUAUUCUACAUUAGCUACCUUGUCUUCGAAUACCCCCAAAAUCUUGCUCUACAAAAAUUUCCGGUCGGAAAGUGGAUGAGCAUUAACAUACUCGUCUGGGGUAUUUGUCUAUGCAGCCAUGCAGCGUGCAAGAACUUUGCUGGUCUCUUCGUUGUCCGCUUCAUCAUGGGCGCGUGUGAAGGUUCCAUCACAGCAGGAUUCAUGAUUGUCAGCUCUAUGUUUUAUACUCGCAAUGAGCAAACGUUGAGAAUCGGUUACUGGUACUUGAUGAAUGGGGCAGCACAAAUCAUAACUGGCUUUAUAAGUUUCGGAUCUUUGCAUAUCCACACAACAAGUUUCGAACCGUGGCAAUGGCUAGUGGUUAUUACAGGGGCAAUGACUCUUGUCACAGCAGUGGUGUAUUGGUUCUUCUUUCCCGACUCUCCUACCAAUGCGUGGUUUCUCAAGCCUGACGAGCGCGUGAUUGCCGUUCAUCGACUAAAGGAAAAUCAAACUGGUGUAGAGAAUAAGUAUUUCAAGAGAGAACAGAUGAUGGAAGCCCUGACGGACCCUAAGACAUGGCUCUUUACACUCUUUGCAGCCCUCGACAACAUCCCUAAUUCCCUCACUAACCAACGCCAAAUAAUCAUCUCCUCGCUUGGAUUUAGUGACUUGCAGACCACUCUGCUCACUUGCGUAGAUGGGUUCGUUGAGAUUACGACUAUAUGGACAGGAGUGAUCAUCGCUGCUCGAGUGGUCAAUGGGCGUGCGUACACUGGCGCCAUCUAUUACAUGCCUCCCCUCUUGGGCGUUUUGUUGAUCGAGUUUUUGCCCUGGAGCGAUGAGGUGGGCUUGUUGUUCGGCAUAUGGCUGACAGGCAUAAGUAUCACGGGCUUCGUGUUAUCUCUCUCCUGGAUAACGAGUAUCACUGCUGGGCAUACCAAAAGGGUCACUAUGAAUGCCAUGAUACUGAUUGGGUAUGGUGUCGGGAACGCAGCGGGGCCAUUCAUGUGGGAAGCCAAGUACAAACCGCGUAACCAUAUUCCGUGGAUAGUGAUCGGAAUUUGCUACUUAAUUUGCCCCAUUUUGCUCCUGGUCAUUCGAUAUCUUCUCUGGCAGGAGAACAAGAGGCGAGAUGCUGAGCCUGUAGUCGAGACGGAUAGCGAGUUCUUUAUCGAGUGUGUUAGCGGCGAUGGGGCGAGGGUGCAAAUGAAGGUCGACAAGGAAUAUUUGGACAUGACUGAUGUGCAGAACCGUGACUUCAGAUACGUGCUGUAGGGCCAGCAGAAGGGCCGGUG